ACCUGCCUAACUGUCUAUUGUAGGGGCAAAAUCUUUGGCACAAGCUUCAGCAACAAGUCACAUUGCAAGAUAUCUAGUUCAGUAUUCCCCUCAUCAUGCAAAGUACAUGGUCGGAAUAGCAAACCGGCUGAGCAUUUCUAAAUGCUCAUUAUAGUGCACAUGGGAAGAAUAUGAAUUUGGGCAACCAAAUGGUAGACUAAAAAUAUACACGCCAUCAGCCGUAAGUUGAAGACAAGAGUAACUAGUGUAUGUAACGUGAAUGGAGUUGAUAAAGUUUUGUAGCUUCACGAAAGUACAGAAUGAGAUUCCUAUGGUUCCGAUUUCCGAAUGCCAAACGACAGCACAAGUUUCCCAAACAGUACCCCAUGGGCAUCAGGUCACCAACUUGAGUUUGAAAUGUGCACUGCAUGGAAGCAUAAAGGGAGAUUCGUCAGGUCCCUUUUAGCAGCAGAUAAUUUUCCAACCGAGAAUCUGCUUUACCCGAAACUUUGCCGUGCCUCAUUGGACUCAAUCAUCUACGAUAACCGGAGUUUUAUCUGAUGUACCGUUGCAUCUUUUCUCUCUUUAAAAUCACUGGAUACCACUCCCAUCAUCGAUCACACCACCAGCUUAAGCGUCCUCCAAAAAUCAGAAUGGCUCGCAACUUCGUGCCUGAUGCAUGGGGUUGGAUCACCACCCUACCCCAAUUCUCCCAAUGGCGCACCAGCACCAUGUCCCUCUGCAUCUGCGCCACGUCCUCGGCAUCAGCGUCAUCCCAGCCGCCGUCGAUGAGCCUCUCAGUCGUCAAAACGCCUUCCUACUUGACCUUCUCCAUCUCCGCAAACUACCGUGAGCCGAUCUUUCUCUGGACUUCAAAACCGGUCCACCUGAAGAUGAAGGCGCAGCCAUCCCUCGACGAGCAGGACACGGUGCAGCUCUUCGUCGACGUCGUGAACCAGGUGCUGCGGUAUGGACCCGACAACAACAGCAACAGCAGCAAACCUCCCUUCCGGUUCCCCGGCGCGCAGCACCUCCAUGGCGGCAGCUUCGGCGACGCGUUCAACAUCGCCUUCCUCUCCCUCGCCUUCCUGGUCUGCACCUACGAGGCUCCCCGCGACCUCCGCCGCGGUUGCCUUGACUCGCUGAGGGCCCAGCUGACCGGCCCCAGGUGCAGGGGCGCCGCGAAGACCCUCGUCAGGAUGCUUGGCGCGAACCUCGAGGACCAGUGGAUGCGGACGAUGAACCUCGCGGUGACCAACUGGAUCGUCGAGCUGCGGUCGUCGUCCUCUCGCGCCAUGCCAGGGGCGCUGUUACCUCUGUUCUCGUACGCUCUCCAGGCCAGCGGGCUCUGGAAGGUCCAGCUGUACUGCCCGGUGAUCGCCAUGGGCAUGGAGGAUCCUGGGGCCGCGGUGACGCAGGACGAGCGCCUUCUCUUCUCGCUCACUUACCAGCAGCUUGAAGGUGUGGUCCAGCUCGCCUACAGAACUGUCAGAAAAGAGAAAUGGGUUGAUGUUGAGGUAAAGGUGGAUAACAUAAGGUGUGACGUGGACUCUUUGGUCUCCGAGACCCUCAUGGCAGAGCGAGGGUAUGGUUCUGAAGAAAAACAUUUCCCUUCUCGCGUCAUGCUGCAGAUCACACCAAUGCAGCAAACAGACAUACUAUCCGUCUCCAUCAGCAAGUCCUCUGACAACCCGACCCACGAGUAUGGCUUCGACAAGGGCAUCGAGGCUGCGUUCGACCCCCCGAACUCGUUCGGUCUCAAAGCCUCUGUCGCCGAGAGCCUCACGCUCGCCAUGAAACCCUGGAAGUUUGAGCAGUCAGCGCACGGGAACACCGCCACCCUGAACUGGUUCCUCCACGAUGGCACCAACGGGAGGGAGGUCUGCUCCUCCAAGCCUUCCAAGCUAUCGCUGCUCCAGCCCAAGGCCUGGUUCCGCGACAGGUACUCCAAUGCAUACCGCCCGUUCACGAAGCAGGGCGGCGUCAUCUUCGCCCGCGACGAAUAUGGAGACAGUGUCAGCUGGAAGGUCUGUGCCGGAGCAUUGGGCAAGACUAUGGACUGGGAUAUCAGGGGAUGGAUCUGGCUGACCUACUGGCCUAACAAGCAGAGGACCUCGCAUAGUGAGACGAGAUUGGUUGAAUUCAGGGAAUGUUUGCAGCUCCCACUUGCAAAGUUUCCGUAGUUUCUCUGUGCUGUUCUGAAUAAUCUGUAUAGUCGUAUGUAUGCAUGUAAGACAGUAAGAGUUGUAAAUAAAUAAGUUUAUUGUAUUGUA